CACGCAAGGAGUGAGGAAGGACAUCGCAAGACGAAAUGAAGAAGCAACUGACCAAACUCUUUAGCCGCAAGAAAACUGGCAGUGACGAACAUGACUUGACCUUGACGUCGUCUCCACCGAGCAAGUCCCCCGCGACAGCAACUGCGACCGUAACGACGCCUGUAUCGCCUCCGCCACCUCCUCCUGCCGCUCGGUAUUCACGCAUGACAGUACAGAUGAAAGACAUUGCGGCUGCGUGCAAACUCUUUGUGUCUUCCAUCAAGAAAGAUAGCAGCAGCGGUAGUAGCAGUAGCAGCAGCGACGACAUCGCCAAGUUGGUCUCGAGCAUCAACGCAUUGGCGUCCAAGAUACAAUCGAACAUGGGCGACGCGUCGACGCGAUGGGUGGAGCUAUAUUGCAUAGGGGACUUGGGCGUGCCAUUAAGCGACCAAUCUACGCUGCCCGCACUCGUCGUCGAAACUCUCGAUCGCAUUCGGCUGCUGUACAUUGUCGCACACAUUCAAUCCAUGCUGCCCUCGCCCUCUAUCAACCUGCCAGACGACAUGGCGCUGCUUCAUGCCGUUGAAACGCUAGGCACGUGUCUCGUGGGGAUGCUCUCGAACGAGUCCAUCUUGGAUCGAUAUCGAUGCGAAGUCCCCAACGUCAUGCGGCUCGCGGUGGAAGUGUACGCUCCGAGAACAAUGUGCAUCUGCGAUGUUGUGGGCACGGCCAUCAACGCCAUCGCAGCUUCGCCUGCGUUUAACGCUGGUCUAGUGUGGUACCUCCACGACGUCCAAGCUAUAUCAGUGGUCGUCCAGACGAUGCAGCAGUUGGUUACCGCGACUCCCGCGACCCCCGCCACCGCCGCGGCCGCCAUGAGUUGGUUCCAGGCGCUUCAAGCAUCGUCCUCGUUAACAUGCAUGCCAUCCCCUUCGUCUGGGGGAAAGAAUGCAGCAGACGACGUACAGUUGGCUGUGAGCAAAGCGCUGGGUCUCCAUAAACCAACGUUCAUACCGCCACCUGCAGCCGCGACUCUGAAAAAAUUCAACCACUCGGCCAGCGAAACCGAUGGCGAAACGACAUGGCCAUCCCCAAACGAAGUCCGCCCGGCGACAGAUCUCGCAUCGACCGCCCCCUCCUCUCUGUCGUACUCGUUGCUCAGCCACGAUCCAUCGGUGGGCCACAAAUGGCUCAUCAUGAUGCUCCAGACCAGUUGCCGGUACUCGUUUGUGUUGGUGUCGGAUUUCGACGUUGCUGGGGGGUAUAACGUCGUGUGGGACUCGCUCAUUGGUCGGGUUUCGUCAUUCAACGAUGUCACAGACGACAGCAGCAGCCCAGAAAGAACGUGGUUUUGUACUGAACUGGACUUUUUCAAGGCGCUGUUGCCCCUCGGAGAAGGCGGCGUCAAACCGGCGUCGCAGCUAUCGAUGGACUGGACGUUCGACGCAUGUGGGGCAUGGAACGACGCCGCCGUCAUCUCCCUCAGAAACUUUAUCGCAGAGCAUGCCACAGACCCGACCAAGAUGUCCAUCUUGACGCCGUGUUUCAAGCUCGUGGAGCACAUCAUAUGCUCUCGCGACGAUCAGAUCCACCGAGUGGAAGCGGCUACCCAAUUGGUGGCGUCGCUCGUGACAAAAUUCCCCGCCUUGGCGAGCCAAACUCAUCAAGAUCUCGUCCUUGCCUGUGUCCAGCACAUGGCUGUGCACGGCCCUACACUAGAAGUGACACGUGGCAUCUUGAGUUCGCUGUGUGGUAUCUUUGUGGACGCUCAGGGGGGGGAUGACGUGGCGAUGGCCACAAAAGUGUGUAGAUCGUUUACGAGCAUGCUACAUCAAGUUCCUUCGUCGGACCAUCCGUUGCGCGACACGUUGCUGGACCUGGGACUGUUGGAUCGAGGGGUGUACGUGGCCUUCCAACAUGUUUUGGCUGCAAAAGCUGCCGAAAACAACCCCGAACAUACAAUCAGAGUAGGCGACGACAUGCAGCAACAGUGCCGAUACGUGCAAGCGUUGAGUGCGCUGACGUGCGUGGUGUUGCACAACCACGUCGCAGCAUGUACGCAGUUCCGCCAGUGUCACAUCCACGUGGCACUGUAUGGCGUGAUCAGUGCCUGGGUGGGGGACACGGCCACAUUCCACAGCUUAUUCAAGAUCUUGGUCGAGCUAGCGGGGGUCACAAAAUCCCCGUUGCUGGUGCAAUGCAUUGAAGAUGACGUACGCAUGAUACUCGAGCUCAUGGAGCGCUGCGGUGCCGCCCAAGGCGACCUACAAGCCCUUGGCACGCUCUUAUCGUUGCUUAGCCACUACCUCCGCAACAACGUCACCGUGCAGCGUCUAUGGCGGGAUACCACGAGCGGCAUGGAAGGGUUGCUGUCGACGUUGUCGGCGUUGCACGCGAGUGAUAUCAGUCUGUUAAAGUCGUGGUUUGCAAUCGUGUCGCUGCUGUUGGACGACGCCCCCGACACGCGACAGUAUGCGGUACAUCAUCGCAUGUACCAUAGGAUUGCCGACACUGUCGUUAUGGCGGGCUGGCUCACGUCGUCGCAUGCGGCCCAAGUGCUGGCGUGUUUGAUGGAGUUGGUGUUUCGGCCUGUUCAAGGCGUAGAUCCGUCGAAUGAUGUCGUGUUGCACAAUGCAGAUGCGGGCGUCGUGAGCUUUCUCUUGUACCCACACCUAGAUCAAGCUCAGCAAAUGGACUUGCUGGCUCGAUGGAUGAGCAACUUGACAAAGUUGAGCAAACCCCACGGCGACACUGCCAAAUUGGUAGCCGCGGGGGUGUUUACGUGGCUGCUGCCGUUGGUUGUGACAGCGUCCGAGCCGUUUUUACCGCUGCUUGCGAUGCUCGCCACGACCGACAUUCCCAUGCCCCACCUGCGCGAGUACCUCCAUGUGCUGCAUGCCACCCCCGGGCGGGGCCUCCCGAUUCUAGACGCGCUGUGCAACGCCAACGCAGUGUCGCAUACCCACCUGACCAAUCACUCGUACAUCCACGUCACGAGCUGCGACAAGGUGUGGCCGCCCACAUCUGGCUACUCGUUUGCGUGCUGGUUUCAGUUUCCAGAUAACGUCAAAGGCAGAAUCACCAGGCAUACCGUGACCGUGCCCAUGUGUGAAGGGCCAGUGACAUUCGAUCACGGGCUCGGCGCUACGUAUGGGGUACUCGUGGGGUCUACAUUGAGUUUAUACAAGUCAAAAGCAGACGCUGUGAGUGGCGCCACGGAAGUAGCCGUGCUCGAAGUCAGCGAGUACGCCGCCGACAUUGCCAACGAAGAAGAAGGUGAAGAAGGGCAUGGCAGCUUUCGCAUCUGUAGCAACGACGACUGGUUCAAAGUGGAGGUAGACGACGAGGCUGUGAUGUGGAAGAACGCGCUGCAAGUAUAUGCCAAGCCAUACGUGAUGCUCGUGUCGAUGUACUUUGGGCUCGACCAGCAGCAGCAGCAGUCCCAGCAGUGCUUUACUCGCAUAUACUUUGAACCAGCCACGACCUGUUUGCGGGUGGAAACUGCGCAUAAACACAUUCUAUUCAAGAACGUUGACGUCGGAUUGUUUGCCCAAGAUGCUAGCUGGCACCAUCUAGUGUUGACACACAAACGCGCAGUGAUGGGCAGCUCCGUGGUCACGCUUUACAUUGACGGCGCAGAGGCCGGCGCCAAGAAGCUGUCGUACCCGGCAUCGCCCCCCAUAGGCACCCCCCUGCGAUGUUAUCUCGGCAGCGAUCCGCACCUGUUUGCGUCCACGAGCAUCCGGCCGAUUUGUCUGGGGCCGACGUGGCUCAUGUCGGACGUGCUGCCUCCACUGGCGGCUACGUGCAUGUUCACGUUGGGUCCCAACUAUAAGCAGUCGUUUCCAGGGAACACGACGAGCCUUGGCGCUAUAUACGAGUGGACAGAGAGUGCCCUUACGGUAUUUCUGCACUGGAUCACAUAUCGCAAGGUAGAAUUGGGCCGAGCUGCCAACCGGCUAAACCUGGCGAGCCUUGGGAUGGCGACGCAAAGGAACGACUGCGACAUGCUUGCGUCCUGGAACGACGGCGACAUGUCUGCGAUACGGCGGUUUCGGCACUUUCUCGACCGGCACUGCUCUUGUGAGGCGUUGGGCGUCGAGUGGCUGGCGCUGGUCGCGAGUUUCAAGUGGGCCGACACGGCCGUCAUGUGGAGUCUGCACACGGACGUCCCAAACUCGUUAACGCACGUGCAAUAUGUGGACACGGAGCCGAUUGUGCCGCUCCAUUUGGCCAAACUGGUGCCUAGUUUAGGCGGAUUGCGCUCGCUGCUCCUUCCACUGUUGGACCCAUCGACGACCGAUCUGCCUCGGUUUCUAAGCGUCUUGACAAGCUGCUUACAAACCAACGCCGCAACGCUAGCGUUGUUCCUCCAAGCUAAAGGCUACUCGUGGCUCACGGCGUUCCUUGUCGAGCACAUGGUGGCGAUGGAUUUGCCGACUCUGACCGCUGUCGCGAAGCUUGCGAUCGCGGGCACGCUAAGCACCGACAAGCACGUUUUUACUCGUGAUACAGGAGCGAUGAUUUUUCCGGUGAUCGUCGACACGCACGCUGUCGCAGAUGUGCUGUUGAACGUGGCGUUUCGAAAUGGCUUGUCUAGCCCAUUGCAGCACCAUCUUGUGACCUUUGUCGCAAUGAUCGUCCACCCCUCGAACCCAAACGCAGUGUUCAACGCCCGCCAGCUGCGACAGUGUCAGUUUGUCCAGUGGAGCCUGCACUUUAUUGGCCACUUGUGUCGAGGGGUCGUACAAACGACAACAACGAUGACGUUAUCACCGACAGAUGCGAGUCUCGUAGACGAGGUCGUCCACCUCUUGGCCAUGUAUUUGCAAGUCGAAGUGCAUGUAGACGACAUGCUUGAGUGCGUCGACGUGCUCCUGAGUUCGCUAAGUCACAUGGACACAUCCCACCACGGGCGGCUGUUGCGCCGAACGCUGCUGAGAUUUUUAUUGCACCAUGUUCAAAUGUCCCCCGUGAUUGCCCGAACGUUGGUGGAUUCAGUGUUUUAUCGACUGCAGCAAGACAAGACCAAAACGGUGGUGUCCCCGACGCACACGGGGUCGAUGGGUACUAGUACUACUAGUACUACUAGUUUGACAAGUCCGCAGUGGUGUACGCCGUCGACGUUUUCAGUCGACGGGUUGGAGCAUGUGUUGUUAGAAAUCAUCUGCCGCUCCAACGUCGAAUCCAACACGAGCCCCCUAUCGUCGGACGCCGAGCUAGCCAGUCGCCUGCUGUUUUCGCUGGCCCAGCUCCAACCAGCGUUCGCCAUGCAUGUGCUAGUGAAUUCGCAGCUGCACAUUCGACUCAAACAAGUGCUGUCGUUGCACUCUGGGCAUGUCACUACGUAUAUCCCUUUGUUGGCGUUUGUCGGGCUGAUCCCGCUGUCCAAUGUCCAUGACAGCCCCCAUCAUGACGAGAAUGAGACGGAGGACGAAGAAGGUGCUCUGAACCGAUACUUCCCAGACAAGUACACACCCACAGCCAUGGACAGGGACUGCAUCGAUGCAGUGUGGGACAUCCUAGGGCACUUGUGGACGCGUAACCACCAUCCGUCCGAUACUGCUGCUACCAUCCAAGUCUUCGCUUGGCUCAACCAUCGCCUUCAAACCGACACGUUGUUCUUCCAAGCUGUGUGCCGAUCCAGCUGUGCGUUCUUGUCUGUAGUCCUUCGAUGUGGCCAAAUCCUUUAUCCAGCCCACGAUUCGUGUCAAGUCCAACCCCCCGACGCACCAAGUGUAGACGUGUCAUCUUGUCUGCGGACGUUUCUGCUCCGAUCGCUUCUGGAGCGCGAUGACUGGGCUGACAACGCCCUCUUCUGUCUACAUACGUGGCCCCCCCACGCCCCCGCCCUCGAAUGGCUCAUACUCGUCCAGACGAUUGUAAUCACCGACGCCAAGAUCCUAACUGGCAAUGCCACGGUCGUGGCUAUGAAGAACGUGUGCAGUUUGCUGCUUGGGCUUUUGAGGCGACUCGUAUGUCGUCGACAGACUAAGCAUGUCAAACGCGUGGAUAAACAUGUCAAGACUAUGACGUGGCACGUUGAGCUCACACCAACCCUCGUCGCGUUCGUGUGCCGUGUGCUCGAAGGGUGUGGGGACAAGGCCAUGUCGAGCGUCCUGGGGGAUGAACCAACACAGCACUUCUACAACGUGCUCGUGUUUUGCGGCCAAUCGUUGGCUUUGCUCGCCUUGUAUCCCAUACAGCACUUGUCGUCGUGGCAUUUGGAUGUGCUGCGCGUGGUCGUGCCGUCGAAGCACUUGUUUUUACAGCAAACAAACGUGUCGAAUGUGAUGUUAUAUCAUAGCCCGACCGUCACAUCGUCCUCGUCGUCGUCGUCGUCCGCUGCCGACACGCCGUUUCGCGUGCACAUGCGCCAGCUCAGUUUGCACGGCACCGCCGCCCCCCUCAAGGAGUUUGAACUUGGCCACGAAUCGGACAAGUUGUUUGUCCAGUGUUUGGCCACGGCCUUAUUUCGAAUCUUGGUGGUGGACCCGGGCUGCUUUGAAGUGACACUGUUGUGGCAAUACUUGUUACAGCAACGUGUUGGUUUGGUCAAGGACUUGCUGAUUGUGGACAUCAAGCAGCCGCCGCCGCCGCCGUCGUCGCUGCGCAUGUCGUCGAGUGCCAAGAAGGAGUCGGCGGCGGCGCGCCUGGAUGUGUUUCACCGUGGAUUUGACCAAGUGCUCGGGAUAGAUUCGGUCCAGCAUGCGCAGUACCCUGUCUUCUACGCGUGGAUCCAAGCUCAAGCAGAGGUGUUGGAGGACCUGUUUGCGAGCCGGACGGACGCCAUGUACGCCCACCUGGUGGACACGUUGGAGGGCACCGUGGCGCUGCGGCACCCCAAGCACAGCGACUGGUGUGUCCGUGUGGCGCCGACCGCCGACGUGCCGCCAUCGUGUGCACAUCCAAACCACGACGAGUGUAAAGAAGAAGUGACGGUGACGGUCGCGGCCGACAAGGCGGGGCUCCGCCUAGCGCAGUACGUUUCAAGUCAACGGGAUGAUAUGAAGGAGGCCAACGCGAUAUGGGAUCGAGACCAGGUCGCCACAAAGUACGCGCGGUCGUUGUGGCCACAACCAGAGGAUAUGCAAAUCAACACAGGGCAGUCUGUGUACCAGCUCUCGUGGCCAUCGACAGCGUUGGACGCGGCGGAAGGACCUGGCCGUAAGCGGGUACGACUCCAGUGGCACGAACGUGCUGCUUCUGCCGUCGGUCUCGAAGAUCAUCAACACACAUCAGCAUUAUCAUCGACGUCCGCCGUACCAAGUGCCAAGAAGCCGCCUUCUUUUCGAGUGUCGAGCGAUGUCCAGCGGUGUUUGGAGUUUCACGAUAUCGUGGAAGUGUAUCGUCAAUGUCAUUUCAAGCCCGAUGCGUUGGCCGUAGCGCUGCCGUGCAAGUUUGCUCAAACACGAGAGCUCCUUCGAGGAGUGCGGACGCCGUGGGCAGUUGCCGACACGAUUUGCAGCGUCUACUUGCAGGAAGGCCAGUACCAACUCCUGGGCAUCUCGGGGAUUGUCGUGCUCGAAGUGAAGGCCGCGCUCGAUCUAGCGGCAAAGCAAUCGACUAUUUAUAUGGAUCAAGCUCAACGCAAUGUGGUUGGAAGUGGAGAGGAUGGUGGUUCUAUCGACUCGAGUAAGAACGAAGCACAAGGGAUGGCACUUGCCAACACUUUGUUUGACGUGGCCGACUUGGAAGCCAUGCAAAAACGCGCGCUGAUUCAAUCGAAUGCUAGCAAAUUGCCCGAUCAAGAAGACGGCCGCGACUCGGACGAGGAUAUGUCGGACGACGAAGACGACAGCAGCCAUCGCGAAUCCUUGGUGGACUUACGAACGAGCGACAUGGAGCCUCUCUGCGACACGGUUCAGCCCACCUCGGACGUCCGCCAGUUCAGCGGCGCCUUAUUGCGGCUCUUACAUCGCAACGACCAGACUCCUCACCACGCGUGCAACGCCAUGUCGGUGGCAGGCAUGCAGAAAACAAGUGGCGUGUGGCUCAUGUGUGGCGAAUCGCUGACGUUUGUCGAAGGGUAUGUGGCCAUCGACGACCAGCAACAGCCUGCCAAGGGGCUCGUGGACUUGCGAAGUGGCAGCGACAAGCCAGGAGGGGUCAUAUUAAAGCCAAAUCCAGCGAAUAUAUCGAGUCCGUUGGUAUGGCGGCUCAAGUAUCACGAUAUCAAACAGUUUUACCGGAUCAAGUUCCAACUGCGCCCGGUGGGGUUGGAACUGGUGGACAGGGGCGGGUGGACGUACUUUUGCACGUUCGAGUCAUGUCGGUGUCGGGAAGACGUGUUCAAAGCGCUCUUCCAAAUGCCCAUCCACAACAGCAUCUACUGGGCCCAUGUGACACCGUUUCGAUCCACCAAGCGGCUGCGACAGAGUUUAACGAAAAAGUGGCUGCGGGGAGCGCUGUCCAACUUUGAGUACCUCAUCGAGUUGAAUGCGCUGGCCGGACGUACCUUUAACGACGUGACGCAGUACCCCGUAUUUCCGUGGGUGUUGGCCGAUUACACAUCAGAAACGCUAGACUUGACAAAAGACAGCACGUAUCGUGACUUGAGUAAGCCGAUGGGCGGACUCGGAGCUAAGCGCGCCGACCAGUUCAAGGACCGAUAUGCCGCCAUGUCAUCGGAUGGGUUUGAUGGGUCCCCAGCGUUCCAUUAUGGCACGCACUACUCGUGCUCGGCUUAUGUGACAUAUUACCUCUUGCGACUUGAACCGUUCGCAUCCAUGGCCCAGGAAUUGCAGGGUGGUGAAUUUGACAAAGCGGACCGGUUGUUUCGAAGUAUUGGCGCGUCGUGGACGUCGGCUUCGUCCGAGAACCUGCAGGACGUGCGGGAACUGAUUCCAGAAUUCUACUUUUUGCCCGAAUUUCUCGUAAAUGCCAACCAUUUUGACUUGGGGACGACGCAGAACGGGGAGGUCGUCCAGGACGUCCACCUGCCACCGUGGGCGGCCAACGACCCGCGUGAGUUUAUUCGGUUACAUCGACGGGCAUUAGAGUCCACCUACGUGUCGGAGAACUUGCAUUCGUGGAUCGACUUGGUCUUUGGGUACAAACAGCGAGGCCAAGAAGCCGUGGACGCGCUCAAUGUGUUUAUGCACAUGACGUACGAGGGCACGAUUGACAUUGACACCAUCCAAGACCCCCUGCUUCGAGAAGCGACGAUGGCCCAAAUCGAAAACUUUGGGCAGACGCCGUCUAAGCUGUUCAACAGCCCCCAUCCUGCCCGCAAAGUGCCCCAGUUGCAAGUCCACUCGUCGCUGUCGACACUUCUCACCCAUGCUCAGGACCUCAGUAUGAACGCGCAAAGCAGCAUCGAAGCGUAUGUGAAGUGGCACACGCCCCUGGCCCCGCCGCUCGUGUCUAUUGGGAAAGAAUAUGUGUACUUGAAGAAAGCGCACGCUGUCCAAGUGUUGGACGAGCCAGUGGGGGACGUCCAGGCCACAACCGACAACAAGUACGUCUGCCGAGGGGGUGCGGGUGUACUGGUACCGCCUCGGUUCAAGAAGGCGAUCGAUUGGGGUACUGGCUCGGUGGCGCUGCGCUCUGUGAAGCCCAAGGCGGCGCUGCUGGUGUGCGUCGAGAGUUGCCACUUGAGCGCCGUGACAUGCGGCGCCGUGUCCGCUGACGGACUCACGUUUGUAAGUGGGGGCGACGACGCUGUGGUGAAUAUCCUCGAGUGUACAAAAGUGCACGGGGAGCGAGUGCUGACCCACAAAGGCAAACUCACGGGCCAUGAAGAUGCUGUGACGUGUGUGGCCAUCGAUGCUGCGUUCAACGUGAUUCUGAGCGGGUCGAAAGACGGAUCUGCGAUAGUGUGGGAUCUCCGGAUGCGGCGGUACCUGCGCGACCUCCGCGGGCACGACGCCCCCCUCCGCCAAGUCGGGGUGAACGCCGCCAACGGCAACCUCGUGACCAUCACCACGUCGCAACUGCGGCUGUGGUCGAUCAACGGCGACUUGCUGGCUGCCGCUGUCUUACCAUCGCUUGGCCUUGCUCCUGUUACGGCGGCUCUUUGUACGACCUGUGACGUGUGGCAGAAUGGAGUCGUGCUGGUCACGGGGCAUGCCAACGGCACGAUCGCAUGCUGGGGAGUCAAGUACCCCACCGACGCCAAGGACGUUCGCGGCGGCGGCACUACCACGUCAAGCUUCGUCGUGUCCAAGCCGAGCGAGCGAGGAGGAAUGGCUAAGAAAGUUGAUGCCGUCGUGCCGUCAUGUCAGCUGGUGGUGAUGAAGUUGCUCGUGGAGCACCGCGCGUCCGUGACGGCGCUGGCUUUGACCGUGGAUCAGCGCCAAGUCAUCUCUGGGGACGCCGACGGAUGGUGCAUGCGAUGGGUGGACGACAGUAUGACGAAUGGAGCAACUUAAACAAUCAUAAACGAUACAGUUCUUUCGUCCUACUUGUCCUCGUUGUAAUAGAAUGUGACUUUGAAGAUCUUGUCCGCGCGGGUUUCGUACAUCACCAUGAGUUCCACGGGCGGACUGUUCUCGGCCUUGAAGCACAGCUCGUGGUCCAUGCACUUGUUGCCCAUGGUCACGCGCGUCGGCACCGUCGCGUGAACCGCCGGGUUGUUGAACGUCGCGACGUAGUUGGCGCGAAACUUUGCAAGGCCCACGACGGCCGGCGUCAUCGAAGGCAUGCGGUACACCUCCACGUCGUCGCUAUAACAUGCGCAGAACGCGUCCAAGUCCUUGGCGUUGUACGCGCGGAGCUGUGCUUCCGCCAAGUCGGCUGCCGUCAUGUGAAACGAGAGUUGUGGUCGGUCGGUCACCUUCACCAGCGCCA